AUGGCUCGUGAAGUUAAGGCACUGUUGAAGCGUGAACGACAGUUGCAGAACAGUUUAACGUUCAUUGACAAGUUUAUCCAUAACUAUGACGAUGAACGGGAUGCGCGUCAAUUAAGUGUGCGAUUGAACGUGCUAGAGCAAGUGGGUGCAGAAUAUUAUACGGUGCGUGCCAAACUGGAGCUUCUACAGGAAGAAGAAGAGGAGAAGAAGCAGGCUGGUGCUGAACCUGCAGUGAAAGAGGAAGCAUUGCACCACCUCGAAGAGACAAACUACCAGGCAAUGCACGACUUCGACGAUCGUUUUUGUACCCUGAAGGCUGAGCUACUAGAGCUGCAGUUGUGCAAGGACCCGUUGCAUACCAGCCACAACGACUCCGAUUCAUCGGCGCAUCGGACGUCUACGACUAUCUCCCGAGUAAAACUUCCAGAGAUACGACUUCCAAGUUUCGGUGGACGAAUUCAUGAGUGGGUAACAUUCCGUGACACUUUUCGUAGUCUCAUCGACCAAAGCGCGCAGCUGAACGAGAUCGAUAAAUUCACAUACCUGAGGGCGUCACUUUCUGGUGAAGCGCUCCAGGAAAUUUACUCGGUCGAGAUUUCUGCUGCAAACUAUGAUGUGGCUUGGAAGGCGUUGCAAGAACGGUACGAGAAUAAAAAGCUGCUUGUGAAAGCGUACUUAGAUGCUCUCUUUUUCAUCGAGCCACUGAAGAAGGAGAGUUACGACGGGCUUAGUCAACUGAUCGGCCAGUUUGAGAAAAACUUGCAGAUGUUAGAGAAGAUUGGUGAGUCUACAGAGAACUGGAGCACGAUUCUUGCCUAUAUGGUAUGCACGAGGUUGGAUUCCUCGACACUUCGACAAUGGGAAUCUCAUCAUAAUUCCAAGGAUGUCCCAAAUUAUCGAGAUUUGAUGGGAUUUCUGCGUAGUCAGUGCUCCGUUCUGCAAUCCAUUUCCAUCCCAUCCAAGAUGAACAGCGAUCCACGUUCCCAGAAGGUAGCAGUUUGUCACACGCUUGUGAAGACAUCUGGGAAGUGUCCAUUCUGUGGCGAGUCGUGGCAUUCAGCGUUUCAGUGUGCGAAGUUUCAGAAGCAGUCUGUUCCAGAUCGCAUCAGCGCUGUUAUGAGGAGUAAGCUUUGUCGCAACUGUCUGCGUCCAGGACACGUUGCAAGAACCUGCGAGAGAGGAGCCUGUCAUCACUGUCAUCAGCGUCACCACUCGAUGCUGCAUACUGAAACACCGCAGGCAGGAUCCUCCGUUUCACUUCCGCAGUCAAGACCUCAGACAGUACCCCAGCAGCCACGACAGCCACAAACCAAGCAACACAGUCCGAACCAACAAAUACACACUCAUCCGACCAAUGCACAGACGAACACCGCCAACUCGCAUAACACAACAACAUCACCGUCCAACACCAACACAGCCUCCACUAGCCAAACAUGCAUAGCACUCCCCAACGCACCUACACACAAUAUUGUUCUCUCGACGGCGCUUGUGACCGUUAAGGACCGUCACGGCAAUUCGUUGCUUGCGCGAGCCUUGCUAGAUUCUUGCUCGCAGCAUUGCCUGAUGACGGCUAGUUUUUCAAAUAAGCUUAAGUUCCGUGAAUCGCCAGCAUUUUUGUGCAUUCAGGGAAUUGGUUCGUCGAGUGUGGCGUCAACAAGAUCCGUCAGUGUAGCAGUUGCUGCACGGUCAAGUGAGAUUUCGUCGUAUGCCGAGGAGAUGUGUUUCCAUGUUUUGCCGAAGCUAACAUUGGCGUUACCGACAGCAAGCUUCAAUCCAUCGCAGUUGUGUCUACCAGAAGCAGCAGCUCUUGCCGAUCCCUGGUUUUAUGAAUCCGGUCCGAUUGACAUGAUUAUCGGGGCGGAGUAUUACGUCGACCUGUUUGAAGAGGGUAGAUACAAGGCAACUGAAGACGGGCCUACUCUGCAGAAAACUGUUUUUGGCUGGAUAGUUUCCGGUCGCGUUCCCAGUUCAUCAUCUAGCGGUGCAAUUUCGACGACCAACGUUUGUUCAACAGCCGAGAUUCAAGAUCAAUUAGCCAAGUUUUGGGAGUUAGAAACUUGUCGAACAACCAGCACGAAUUCUACGGAAGAGUCGGCGUGCGAGAAAAUCUUCAGCGAGACUACAUUCAGAGAUGAGACGGGGAGAUUCGUAGUCACACUUCCAAAAAGGCAAUCGAUCAUCAAGCAGCUCGGUGAUUCUAAAGGUACAGCUGUUAAGCGGUUUAUGAGUUUGGAGCGACGUCUGGCAGCGAACCCGGAGUUGAAAGCGCAGUACAGUGAAUUUAUACACGAGUAUCAAGCUCUUGGUCAUAUGAGCGAAGUCGUCGAUGAUACCAUCACACCAGAGGCCGUCUACCACCUGCCGCAUCACGCUAUUUUGAAACCUGACAGCACAACUACGAAACUGCGCGUAGUGUUUGACGCUUCAUGUCGAACUAGCUCAGGGUACUCUCUGAACGAUGCUCUAAUGGUCGGUCCUGUCGUACAAGACGAUUUGUUGGAUGUUAUUCUCAGAUUCCGUCUACAUCGUCACGCACUAGUCGCAGACAUCGCAAAAAUGUACCGCAUGGUGCAAGUUCAGCCUGCCGAUCAGCCUCUGCAAAGAAUUCUAUGGCGAGAUUCAUCAGCAGAACCCAUCAAAAUCUUCCAAUUGACUACGGUCACGUAUGGCACGGCUUCCGCGCCGUAUUUGGCGACAAAAUGUUUGCAGACAUUAGCAGAAGAUGGUCAACAGACACACCCUAUUGCUGCGAAGGUGGUCCGGCAGGAUUUUUAUGUAGACGAUAUGUUGUCCGGAGUGGACGAACCUGAGGAAGGUAGAAUGUUUGUCAACGAGAUGAUCAGCCUAAUGGAAUCAGCGGGAUUCUCGUUACGAAAGUGGAACUCCAACUGCAGGGAGAUUCUGUUAGAGGUUUACUAUGGGAACCCAGUACAGAUCGAUUCCAAUUCAGCACCCCGCAGUGGAACUCAUCGGCGCUCAUCACCAAGCGCACCGUUCUGUCGGAUGUCUCGACUUUUCGAUCCACUCGGACUCGUAGGGCCCGUGAUCAUACAGGCCAAGAUGUUCAUUCAAGAAUUGUGGAAACUUGACUGUGGUUGGGAUGAACCACUCGCCGAAAGCAUGCAGGAUCACUGGCAUGAAUAUCGUCGAAACUUGACUGGCCUUGAGGGAUUGUCUGUACCUCGCUGGGUUGAAAUCAGAUCCGAUAUCAUCGACAUACAGCUCCAUGGGUUCUGUGAUGCCUCUGAGAAGGCAUAUGGGGCCUGCAUCUACGUGAGAAGUAUCUCCAACAGCGGGUCAGUUGCUGUACACCUACUAGCAUCGAAGUCCCGUGUCGCCCCUCUUGAGAACCUGAAAAAGAAGAAGCAACGCCAAACGAUUCCGCGCUUGGAGCUUUCUUCAGCUUUACUCCUUUCCCACCGCUACGAAAGAGUGGUCAGUAGCACACACAUCACAGCCCCAGCUUUCUUUUGGACAGAUUCGAUGAUUGUUAAGUUCUGGUUAGCAUCAUCACCGUCGCGAUGGAAAGAAUUCGUUGCGAAUCGAGUUUCAGAAAUCCAGCAUAUAACGAAAGGCAGCAUCUGGAAUCACGUAUCAGGAGUUGAAAACCCAGCCGAUAUAGUUUCUCGCGGCAUGACGCCUGCGCAGCUGCAGUACCAAUCGCUAUGGUUUGGUGGACCUUACUGGCUGCUUCCGGAGCAAGAUAACUGGCCGGGAACCCUGCAAGCUUGCGAAGACAGCAUUGACAGAUCAGUACUAGAAGAAAAAGGAGCCGUUGUCGCAGUUCUGAAAUCCGUUUCUCCCGGUGAGCUGUUUAACCUGCGAUCAACUUACACUGGAUUGGUGCGACUCACAGCAUACAUUUGUCGGUUCCGUUUCAACGCUCAAGCUGCAAAUCGGAAUUGCCGAAACCUUGGAAGUUUAACCGUCAAGGAACUCGACGGCGCUGUACGGACACUUGUCUCUCUGUCUCAGCGAGAAUGUUUCCCACAAGAGCUGGCGGAUUUGACCAACAAUCGUCCACUACGUAAUUCAUCGAUCCUUUCGCUCGAUCCUCAGCUAAUUGAAGGCAUACUCUGCGUUGGCGGCCGGCUACGGCACGCACAUCUGUCUAACAGUCGAAAGCAUCCGUUCAUUUUGGAUCGUCGUCACCCUCUAGCAAGGAUCGUAAUGGAGUACUAUCAUCAGAAGCUGUUCCACGCGGGUCAACAGUUACUGAUAUCGGCAGUUCGAGAACGAUUCUGGCCGACAUUCGCCCGUGAUUUAGCAAGAAGCGUAAUCCAUAAGUGCGUCGCAUGCUUUCGAGUGAAACCAAGAGUCCAGGAUCAACUGAUGGCGGAUCUACCGCCAGAAAGAGUCACACCAUGCUUACCGUUUCGUCGUGUUGGAGUUGACUACUGUGGACCGUUUUUAGUAGGCCACCCGUAUCGCAAAAAUCGCCCAGUGAAGUGCUUUGUAGCCAUCUACGUUUGCCUGGUCACCAAAGCAGUGCACCUGGAAUUAGCAGCAGAUUUGACAACCCAGGCCUUCUUGGCCACACUGAAACGUUUUUCAUCCCGGCGAGGCAAGCCGGAACUCAUCAUGUGCGACAAUGCUCGAAAUUUCGUCGGCGCAAAACGGGAGCUUGACGAGCUUCGUAAAUUGUUCAACAAUCAGCAGUUUCAAGAACAGGCGAUAAGGGAAGCUUCAGAGGACAAAAUAGACUUCAAAUUCAUACCAGCACGUUCGCCGAACUUUGGCGGACUAUGGGAGUCAGCAGUGAAGUCGUUCAAAACCCUAUUCAAACGCACUAUAGGAACACGAAGUUUGCUUCAUGACGAAAUGCUUACAGUACUAGUACAAAUCGAAGCGAUUUUAAACUCUCGUCCGCUUACACCUAUUAGCAACGAUCCAGCAGAUUUCAAAGCGUUAACUCCAGGACACUUUCUGAUUCAUCGGCCACUAACGGCAAUACCAGAACCAAACCUGGACAGUAUUCCUGAAGGUCGACUAGCAGCAUGGCAACGAAAUCAGCAGUUUCUUCAGCAAUUGUGGAAAAGAUGGUCGGAACAAUAUCUGUCUGAUCUGCAAAACAGAACCAGAUGGAUGCGACGGAAGGAAAAUUUAGCGAUUGGGACCAUGGAUGUCCUGAAAGACGAAAAUCAGCCCCCACUGAAAUGGCAGUUGGGGCGCAUAACGGAAAUUCAUCCUGGACCGGAUGGAAACAUUCGUGUCGCAACAGUACAAACGAAGGAUGGUAGCUACCGAAGAGGGAUUUCCAAAAUCUGCGUGCUACCCAUCCGUGACAACUCCAACUCAACACCCGAAGAGACCUAG